GGGUUGCCAUAGCAGCAAAACAGUAGCAGAAGCAGUAGCAGUAGCAGCAGUAGGAGCAGCAGCAUCAGCAAUAAGGCAGUGCAGCUCUGCAGGGGCAAGGCAGGGCGGCUCGGGCAGGGCAGUGCGGUUCGGGCAGGGCGGCGUAGCUCGGGCAGGGCGGCGCGGCUCGGGCAGGGCGGCGCGGUUUGGGCAGGGCGGCGCGGCGCGGCGCGGCUCGGCGAGCACAGCGCAGCAGCGCGUGCAGCAGCAGCUCAGGCGCAACAGCAGCAGCAGCGCAGUGCGCGCGACAGCAGCAGCGCAGUGCGCGCGACAGCAGCAGUUCAGGCGCAGCAGAGGCUCAGGCGCAGCAGUGGCAGCGCAGUGGGCAGGAGCUGCGUAG